AAAAUAUUCUGGAAAUAACUUACAUUUCUUAAGGUUUAACACAGGCAGAAUCACAAGAGUGCGUUCGGACAGAAACAACCAGGCGUAUCUUGUGGAAAAAAAAGAAGAAAGUGAGAAUAAGCUGUACAAGCAACAGAAUGGCUGCUCGUCAUGAAGGUUCAUUUCUGCAAUCCUCAGAGAAGUCCAUAUCCUUCACCAAAGGUGGAAGAUCCCAGUUUGCUGCGGCUCUUGCCUGGGAAGGGAGAGGAGCUUUUCCUGAGGACACCAUCUUUACCAAUUGGCUGGAAUCGAUGAAGGACAAUCCAACUGUGAUUGACUUUGAGCUGACUUCCAUUCUGGAGCUGGUGAAGAACAUCCGCUGUGCAGCAACUAAGCGUAGCAAUCUCAGAAGAGCUCUUUCUGAGUAUGCAGCACAGUUUGACCCGUGCCAAUGUGCUCCAUGCCCAAACAAUGGCAAGGCAGUGCUGUCUGGAACAGAAUGCUUGUGUGUGUGCCGGGCUGGGACUUACGGCGAUAACUGUGAAAUACGGACACCAGAUUAUCAUUCAGUUGCGGUUGAUGGUAAUUGGAAUUGCUGGGGUUCAUGGAGUCCCUGUGAUGGUUCCCAUAAGAGGCGGAGAAGCCGCACCUGUAACAAUCCCUUCCCCCAAAGUGGAGGGAAGCCAUGUGAAGGUGAACAAGGGGAAGAGGAAGCAUGCUAUUUUUCCAUAUUUGUUGACAGGGGAGCUGUAUGUGUAAAUGAUGAUGAAGCGACAAGGGAGGGGGACAUUGCAGUUGAGAGACCUGAAUCAGGAUGCCUCAAACCAGAUCCACCAGAACAUGGAUUUAUCAGGAAUGAGAAGAACCAUUAUGACGUUGGGGAAAAUGCUGAAAUUGUGUGCUUCAGUGGAUACACUCUUACUGGAUAUCCAUUCUUUCACUGCCAGCCUGAUCAAACUUGGUUGCAACGUCCUGUCGAAUGCCAAUAUGUUCAUCUACAUUCUCAAAGCAACUGCAAACCAGGAGAAAAGCAACUUGACUCCCAAUGUGUGUGUAUGGACCCUAGAGAAGACUGCAGACACUUUUCUGAAGAUGUCUGUGUCCUAGAUGCCACUUCUGAACAAGCACUUACAAAGCCCAGCUGUCCAUAUUUGGCUGAAAAAUGCUUGGAUCAGCACUCCUUCCAUUUCUUGCAUUCUGGCCCCUGCCGGAGUGGGACCGAUGUGAAUUGGGCUAAGGAAAGGCUCAGAAUUGCCACGGACAGCAUAAAGAGAGAAGCUUGUGGCUAUGAUACAUGUUACGACUGGGAGCAGUGCUCAGGUACGCAUGGAUGCACUAAGUUGUUGUUGUUCCUGGACCACAUUUAUGAAAUCAGAUUAGUGGCAAUUGAUAUGGUUAGGUAA